UGUUCACGGUUGGAUGAGUAAUACGUACUAAAGGGACACCCAUGUGCUGGUGGUUUUGAAUAGAUGUAAGUGUAAGUUAUCGUUGUUUAGUCUUUAAUUUACCAGCUGUUGAAUGGUCAAGUUUAAACCCGAGAAAUAUAAGUGGUUUAUAAGACUUCAAGACUUAUGUGUGGGUGUCAGAUCCAGGUAUCUCCAUAAUCGGAAAAGCGACACAUGGAAAUGGAUCCGAAGCAUUAGAUGAUGUGUAAACAAUAAGUUGAAUUGUAAUGGAGUCUCUACUUUCGAAUUGUGACUUCUCCAAUGUAAACGAUUUUACAACUAAUGAGUUUCGGAGAGAAAGGACAAAAUACAAGGAACAGUUAUCUUCCCUUGAUUAUGUUGGGAUUCUGAACAUUGUUAAGGCAUUUCAGACCAAAGUAUGUGUUCGUGGAUUCCCCGGAGUUCGAUCUCCUGGUUCUGAAUAUGCUGACUUAAUACUCACUACUAUCCUACAGACAAUAAGAUGGAAAGUUGAAGAAACCAUUUUUUCAGCCAAGGAGGUAGAAAACAGACUGUUGGAUUUAUAUGUACAGGUGUUAAAAUCAGGACCAGGAAGUGGCCAUUGUGAGUUACUCCAACUCAUUACAAAUCAUAUAGAGAUUCAGGAUUUAUAUGGAGAAAGAUUACAAAAUGUGAUUGGUGGAUUCAAGGCAAUCUCCUAUGUAGAGGAGGGAAAUGAUUCUAUAUACAUUGACACGGUCAACAGGGUGUAUCCGGAUCAACUCUCUACCUUGGUUAUCAGGAGUCAUAAACAGGAUAGAUUGAGGUCACCCGAAGUUCAUCACGCCUUAAUGGACCUGUUCGUGUUUUACCUGGUCCAGUUACCUCAUGUGCCUGAUACUCUACGGACAGUCUUGAUCAGGGCUCAACACAACAUUUACAAGGCUUAUCAUAUGGAGCCAUUCUGUGGAAUACAAGAUGUUGAUUUCUAUCGCUCGCAGCUUUUACGAGUUGUUGAUUUCAUCAAGGAUUCCAAUUUCCCUCAAAAUAGACAAAUUUGUGAGACCACGUAUCAAAGGCUUCCAAAUGUUCUGCAAAUAAAGGAUGGGAAGAUGAUUGCUGAAGUCUACGCAGAUAUUUGUCAGCUUCUGAAGGAGAUAAGUUUGAAGCGUCUGACAGGAGAGGAUACAGAUUUACUGAAGAAACUCGAUUGUUUCUACAAGGGGAUCCCAGAAGAGUGUUUUAAGAAUCCUCAAAUGUUUGAGAAAUGGGCUGUGACAGCUCAAGAGAUACUGGAAAAAUCUCCAUGUGAAAAGAUAACAGGGAACGAGCUGGCAUAUACCACCGACAGAUUUGCCGAUAAUCUAAAACCAAAUGCAAAUUUGGGAAAGAUUUGGCUGUCUGUCAUCGUUGGAUUUUGUGGAUGGGUUCAUGAAAAACUAAUGAGAGCCGGAGAAAGAACUCUAAGCACGAAUCAGUGGAAAAGUUACUGGAAAUGGAAAGAAAAUAUAUCUAAAGCAAAGGCAAUGAUUAUAGCCCUUACGAAUGUGGAUUAUUCCUCUGUUGAAAAUGCUGCAGAGUACUCUUCCAGUGCCGAGUCAUUCCUGAAGAAACUCGUAGAUCAGUUAAUACUUGUGAAAGUGUUUAAGAAUGUCGAGGUGGAAGUAGCAGAGCUAGCCAUGGUAACCAUGGAAGCAUUUGGAAAGGGGAUAGCCGUGGAUAGACUGUGCAGAACAGCUAGCGUAAAGAUGUCAUUAACGAAUAACAAGCACCUGAUAAAGGGUUACCUAGAAAGGUUUCUGUGCCUGUUGAAGAAUGAAGAGUUUGAUUGGGAUGGUGGUUGGAUAACAAAAGCAGGGAUCGAUUUCUUUAAUAAUCUCAUCAAGUCAUCCGGUGGUGAUGAGGUGCGUGACUUGGAAAUGGACGAGGCGUUCAUACAGGUAUUCCUGUUCUGUCUGUCUGAGGACAGAGAAUACAUCAGUCUUCAGAGACAGCAUCUAAAUGUCUUUGGAUUGGUAGCAGUGGCUGGACUUCCACAAUACACCACUCUGCACACUGGGACGACAACAGUUGGACGGCUGAAGCCUCUGUUUCCUCACAUCCAGCGGUUGAUGGAUGAUGACGACGAUACGAUAAAGACAGUUAUGAGGACAAUUACUAGAGUCCUAGGGAGAGAAGAGACCCAGUUAAUUGACACCCAGGGCAUGGAGAACCUCAUUAGUCUGUAUAUCAGGGAGAGGGAUCUUGCCAUACUUGAUGCCAUAUCUUCUGGAUACGAGGGUCACUCUGAAACACUAGCCUCCCAGUUUCUUCCUUUGAUCAAAGCAUGUACACAGAAAACUCAAACCAAUGAGAUAGAGAUGCAGACAAUGUUCCUGAAAAAAGUCGCAGAAAAACAGCCAGAGAUAUUUACAAAAGAACCUCUUGAUAUCAUUUUCAAACAUCACUUCAUGGAAAAAAAUGCCAACCCUCAAGUCCUUAUGGUACUGGAUGUUGUAUCCAAAUCACACGCUGAAAACCUGGAACCUUAUGUCGAGAGUCAUCUGAUGAAGACUGAUUUAAUGAUGGAACUUAUGGCUCAUUAUCAGUUCAACAUUUUAAUCCGGAUAGCAGCCAAAUGCAAUGAUAAGCAAAGCCUUGUAUAUUCCUAUUUGAUGAAACGCCUAAAGGAAUCUAAUAUUGAGCAAGUUCAAAGUGCAUGUAUACAAGGAUUGCGGGAAAUGCAUUCAGUCUUUGGAAAAUAUAUAUUUUCUGAAAAAGAUAAGAUGUAUAUAGAGAAGAUCAAGGAGAAAGGGGCUUCUAAAACUGUAACUGACCUGGUGGAAAAUCUAUUGAAUGAGCUGGAGGGUAGGAGCAUAGCAAAAGUAUCUAAAGAUGUUGAAGAGCACUCUGGACAAAUUGAAAAGCUAAAGAUUGGAGUAGCAGGGACAAAGGUGGUGCUUAAAAAGGUCCAUCAAGAUGUCAAAGAACAGAGAAAGGAGCUUGAGGGAGUUAAACAGGGACUGGGAGAAGUCAACACACGAGUGGACAAGGUAGAGGUGGAUGUGGCGGAUACCAAAGAAAGGGUGGAAGAAGUAGAUAAAAAGACAAUGAGUAAUGCUCCAACUUGGUCUCGUGAUGUCACAAAACUACUGAACCCAGAUUCUGAACAUGACUGGCGGCUUUUGGCUAGUCGCCUUGGUUACAGUCCUGAUGACAUCAGAGGGUGGGCUACCCAAUCAGAUCCCUGCAUGGCUCUUCUGAGUGAAUGGUACGCAACGCACAAAACGUUCGAGGCAUCAAGAGGAGUGUUGACAAUUUUGCAGGAAAUGAAUAGAUUGGAUGCUGCCAUUAUUGUUGAGAAUGCAAUGAAAGCUGCAGAGGUGGUUGUGACUGAUGAACCCGUUGACUACCCAGAACCCCCUGAAAUCUUCCUUAGUUACCAGUGGAGUCACCAGAACGAGGUCAAGCUGAUCUGUCGUCACCUUGAAAUGGCAGGGUAUAAAUGCUGGAUGGACAUUGGUCAAAUGGGUGGUGGGGAUAAGUUAUUUGAGAAGAUUGACUCAGGGAUAAGGGCAGCUAAAAUUGUGAUAUCAUGUGUCACAGGAAAAUAUGCUAAAUCGCCCAACUGUAACAGAGAGGUCAAUUUGUCUGUAAACCUUGGUAAGCCAAUGAUUCCUUUGUUGAUGGAAAAGAUGGCUUGGCCUCCUGCAGGUUCCAUGGGGCCGAUUUUCAGCGAGUACCUGUUUAUUCGUUUCUUUCAACGACCAGGAGAGGAAACCAAUGACGACCGAAUCUGGUCAGCUGCUAAGUUUACUGAACUUCUCAUGCAACUUAACUACUUAAAAGUUAUGCCAGAUGAAGGAAAUAUUUCAGAAAUGUAUAAGAACUGGUGGGUUCCUGUUGUUGAAGAGAUCGUCAUUCCAAAAAGAAAUGAGAAAAGGGGAGAAAAUAAAGCAUUUUCGUCUGAUCAACAUCAGACAGAGUCACAGGUUGUUUCCCCUGACGUGUUUAUAUCCUACCAGUGGGGCAAACAAAAGGAAAUUAUUGCCUUGUUCCAGAGACUGACCAGUUUAGGCUUCACCUGUUGGUUGGACAUACGUCAGAUGGGGGGAGGGGACUCUUUGUAUGACAAAAUUGACCGAGGGGUCAGAGGUUGCAAGGUCAUGCUGUCGUCAGUGACCACCAAGUAUGCUCUAUCUGCCAACUGUAGGAGAGAGGUCAGCCUGGCUGAUGCUUUAAAGAAACCCAUCAUCCCUAUGUUGAUGGAGAAAAUAGACUGGCCCCCAACUGGACCAAUGAGCAUGGUUCUUACGCAGUUACUUUACGUUAAUUUUUCAAAUGACGAAUCUGUCCAGUUAUCAUGGGAUGGGAAGUAUUUUGAUGAACUGUUGUCCAAAAUUAGACAACAAAUUCCAACAGAUGAAAGUAAUGAUUAUGUAAAUGUGGAAUCAGAGAGUGGUGUGCAGCCACUGAAGAACUCAAAAUAUGAAAAGUCUGUAUCAAAUGGGAAUAAUCAAAGGCAAAUAAAACAGGAAAUAGAAAAGCCCAGAGAUCCAAUACAGCCCAGAGAUCCAAAACAAGAAACUGAAAAGCCCAGAGAUCGAAUACAAGAAACUGAAAAGCCCAGAGAUCCAAUACAAGAAACUGAAAAGCCCAGAAAUCUAAUACAAGAAACUGAAAAGCCCAGAGAUCCGAUACAGGAAACUGAAAAGCCCAGAGAUCCAAUUCAAGAAACUGAAGAGCCCACAAAUCCAAUACAGAAAACUGAAAAGCCCAGAGAUCCAGUAAAGGAAACUGAAAAGUCCAGAAAUCCAAUACAGGAAACUGAAAAGCCCAGAGAUCCAAUACAGGAAACUGAAAAGCCCAGAGAUCCAAUACAAGAAACUGAAAAGCCCAGAAAUCCAAUACAGGAAACUGAAAAGCCCAGAGAUCCAGUAAUGGAAACUGAAAAGUCCAGAAAUCCAAUACAGGAAACUGAAAAGCCCAGAGAUCCAAUACAGGAAACUGAAAAGCCCAGAGAUCCAAUACAGGAAACUGAAAAGUCCAGAAAUCCAAUAAAGAAGCAGCCCUCAGUUACAGUGGGUUCCACUAAACGGCUGACUAAUCCAUUACAGAAUACAGCUAAACCACGCCCAACAGACAAGAAGUCGUCAACUUGUUCUAUUUUAUGACUUAUUCUUGAAUUUAUGGAAACGUUCAUUUACAAAGCUUAUCUCUUUUAACAUUAUGUUACAUAUCGUGAUUUCUCUAAUUUCUUCAUGUAAAAUUGAAGUUAAUAUUUAUUGUAAGAAAAUCAAAUAUUUUUAAUACUUAUUGUUUUAUAUUCAGUAGUCAACGGUUAUAGUAAACAUAUCUGUAGAAAAAUGGUAGAUUCCUGAAAUAUCAUAAAAUAUAAAUCUAAGACUUGCUGUGAAUACAUGCCGCAAUAUUUUAGUCAUUAUUUAAAAUUUUCUAUCUUAUAAGUCAGUUUACACUGGGAGUAAUGAGUCUGCCCUGCUGUCCAUGAAUAAUCUAUUCAUUUAUUGAAUAUAAAGUUUGAUUUAUUAAAUAUUUAUUAAAUUAAUCAAAAUCACCGAUUUUUCCUGUUUUAAGGUUUAAAAAUCGGUUUUUCUACUCAUGUUGACUGUGUCCACUA